GAUGACAAAUUGGCAACUGAGAAACAAUUUAUGUUUACAUUUGGUUAGGCAUUGGUGCUGUCGAUUAUUUUACAUUGACACUAAUGUCUCUAGACUAAUUACUUGUUACAACCUUAGAAAGCUCUGUCUGAGCAGCAGUGCAUGUCAAAUGUUUGAAUGGCAGAUUGAAUUAAUGAGCCGCUGUAUAAAAUAGAGGAUUUUUCACUAAGUGUUUACAACACUCCUUGAUUGUCGACAUUAGGAAACAACUCCACAAAGCGGAAAAUUGGUUUCUUUGGAUUGGAUCCACGAGAGGACAGUGUUGCAGUCAGCUGCACACCACAAGACACUGCAUAUACCUACAAAAUAGGCAACACAGGGAGCAUGUGGCAAUUGAAAAAGAACUACAAUUGGAUGGUGCCAGGCUCUCAUCUCCUCGACUCACUGAAACAUCAAGUGCAAACAUAAGAAGAGAAUUGGCGAAAUAGCAUGCGGAAAAAUGGAACUAAUAACCUAGUUUAACGCCUGGAAACUUCUUUUUUCAAUCGUGCCGGGAAACCUUAUAUGAAGAUUGAGGAAACAAGUUACCCUUUUAAAAAGUCAAUGUUUGUAACACUGCCAGCAGAAUAUUUUCAGAGAUAUAUUUGUCUGUUUGAAGAGUUCCAAAAUUUCAGUCCCACUUAUAAAGAUGAAUAGAAAAGGUGACAUUACAUUGAAUGAAGAGACAGAUAAGAAUACUGGUGUUCAAGAACAGGUAGAAGAAGAGAAGAAAACUUCCGAAGGUCAGAAUGUCGGAGAAGAAGAUGGCAUGGAGUGUCAAGAUGAAGAAGGAGCACACAAAAAGAGAUCUCAAAGACAAGAAGAGGACAAAUUACUAAACCAUUUACGGCAUAUUUCCAAAACUAUUGUUAAGCCCGGGGAGUGGGGAACUAAACCUCAAGAUUUUGCAGAGUGUAAAGUGAAAAUAACAGAUGUUUCAUUUGAAGGAGUAGAUGUAGAUCCAACUAGUUGUUACUUCAGUAAUUCCUUUAAUGGAAUAAUAAAAAUCGGAGAGGCAGAUAAUGACCUGGAUCGAUUGCUAGAAUUGUGUGUUCAGUGUAUGUUCUUGAGAGAAACCAGUCAUUUUGUGAUAGAAGUACCAACAAAACCUCUUUGCCAGUCAAAAUAUGAAACUAGACCUAGCAUUAAGGGCAACAUAAAAUGUAUUCUAGAACUUGAGGAGUUACAUAAUGAUGAAUUGUUGUUUGAUUGGAGCAAAGAGAAGAAAUUUUCUAUAGCAACACUAUAUAAGGAGCAAGGUGUGAAACUUUUUCGUGCUGGUCGUAUUAUAGACUCCUUCAUAAAAUUUAGUAAAGCUUUCAAAAUUAUUGUUACUAUAGGUUCUCUAGAAUCUUUAUCCAGAAAGUCGCCUCUAGACAAAGACAUUCUAUCACUGCGAGUUAACUUGUUAAAUAAUAUGGCAUCAUGUCAGCUUCAUCAGAAGAAUUUUCAUUAUGUUAUUGUACUAUGUCAGAAAGUGUUAAAAAUUGAUGAGAAUAAUGUGAAAGCCCUAUAUAGGAAUGCUGUAGCAUGUAAAGAGCUCCAUAAUUAUGAAACAGCUGAAGACAAUUUGAAAGCAGUUUUGAAAAUUGAGCCUAAUAACACUGCAGCAAAAGGAAGGUUGCAAGAAGUGAGAGAAGUUACAAAAGAAAUGAAUGACCGAUAUGCAGCAGUUGUGAAAAAGAUGUUUAAAUAGAACGUAUCAGAUUUUGUCACAUUGGCCAUAAUAUUCCUAUCUGUUUCAUGUUUCUCACAGGCAUAAGUGUUGCCUUUGAACUGUUGCAUUUCAACAAAUGAUAGGGAUAUUUGUAACUAGUAUCCAGACAAUAAAAUGUUUUUCAUUUAAUUCUCUCCAUUUCCUCGAGAAUAAAAUGCCAGCAAACUAACUACCAGCAGCUACAUUACCAUAAGUCCACAACAAUGAGUGUUAAUGUAUUUUCAGUACAUGAACAUGGUAGUGUGAAACUAGUUACUAUUACUUUCAUGUGUUUUGUUGUAAUUAUUCUGAUAUAAUAUGAUCAGUCUUUUCAUGGAAGGUGUGGAGCUUCCACAAAAGUUCAAUGAACCACAGUGUGUGAACAGCUGUUAUCUGUUUACAGAGCAGAUCAGUCUUUUUAUCAAAUUGCAUGAAUUUUGUAAUCAUAAGAAGACAAUAAGAUGAACCAUGUUUUUAAAACUUUGUGUAAUGUGGUUAUUUUUUAAGCUCUUGUAAAUCACUGGUGAGAACUUUGUUUGUUAAAUCUAAAGCUUUCUAAUGCAGAAACAAUAAUUUUUGAAGAAAUUAAAAUCUUAGUGAUAUAGAGAGUAUUUUAGGAAAUGCAUACAGAAAGUGACAGUUUCUUUAGAACAUAAAAAAGAUGAUUUGAGGAGCCAUAUAUACAGGCAAGCAAAAAUGUGGAAGCAAUGAAAUGCAUGUGUGGGAUAUAAGUAAAAUAGUUGUCUUAUUGAUGAGAAGAAUCAGCCAUUUACUGAAAGGGCCAUCACCUCUUUGCUAAUAGUCAUCAUUUGUUUCCAUUAUAAAUCAAACUAUUGCAAUCGGUUUAUUGUAUUUAUCAGAUCUCUGAGCAUACUUUUUGGCAUCUCCUAGUAUAUUUUUUAACAUCUGCUUUUGAAUUUCACACUGUCCUUCAUUAUUUUCUCUGUUUCAAUUCUAAAAGCAGCAGAUCCUCACUCAUCUGUAGGACUAUUUUCAACAUAACUGCAAUACUUAAUUCUGGAACAAGCUUUUAUAACUAUAUUUGCCCUAGCAUAUAUUUUUUUGUUUUUCACUUCACUUACAGUUAGAUGUGUAAAAGUUUUAAUUGUAAAAAUUGUAUUUAUGGAAAUGAAUAGUCAUUUCUGUGUUUUUGUAAACAUG